AUGUCUUCCGAGGCAGGCGGUCGCGCCGCUGUGCGCAGAUGGCCCGACACGCAGGGUGGGGAAAUUGCCACCAGACGCAAGCGCAAGGCAAACUCGGCGCAGAGUUGUGCCGUCGUUCCCGCCCCACUGGCCGAAGACUGCCCAGCGGUCGAGGGCAGCCCUGCGGCCAAGAGCACGCAGGCGUCGCCUGCAAGCAGCGCGUCGCCCGGCCUCGCGGACACCGACUUCAACUUCAAUUUCCGGUGCUCCGACAAGCGAGAGUCCAAGGGUCGCAUCAGGGCCGCCGCUACAACGCGCGACCUCCACGGACUCAUUCAUGUUGAAAGUUUGUUCCAUGGCUUCGGCGACGAGACAGAUGCCUACCGCACUGCCCAGGACGCGCUUCGGAGCAUCUUUGAGGACCAGCGCGCCCACAGAGAUUUGGCCGACGACUCCGACGUGGCGUACAACCAUCUGUGCCCUUCACCCUUCGCAUCUGCGCUCGUGGCCAUCUCGUUCAAGGAGGGUUGGCGCCCGGAGUCUGCUCUACAGGACUUUAAGGCGACGGCUGUUUUUUUGGAGCAUCCAGGCACGCGUUUGGCCAUCAAGCCCGGCGAUCAGCACGUCCGCGCACCCAAUAUCCAGCGUUUGACUGGGGCCGGCGGAUCGGCAAGGAAGAGUUCCAAGACGACGUACUUCACCAAUUGCUUGGUUGGCAGCGCAGCCGCGCCUCAGGAGUUCCGCGACCGCGAGUUCUUUUGCCAGGAUAGCACAUUGCGUGGUAUCUACGACGCCAUCCUUGCCACGAGUAGCGCUGCCGUUGUGUCCGACGAGGCUUCCAUCACGUAUUUAACGCCCAUUUCCGAUCCAGAUAGCGGCGUGUACCACCUGGCGCAGAACACCAUGUGCAAGUUGGUGAACGCGGAGGCAAUGGACGCGCUCACUGGCAAGGGUACCACCCACCUGACGGAGCACCGGUUGAUGCAUCGCGUCAGCGGUCAGACGGAGGCUUGCGAGUAUAUUAUGAUCCCCAAGGCCCACUGCUUCCAGAAGCGCAUGGACUUCACCGUGGCUCCCGACAAGAGCCCGUCGAACGCCCUGCAGGGAACCGAAGCCUCCGACAAGUUCAUCAAGGACUUCUUCGCGUGGUUGUUCACCACCGCCAACGCUGAGAAAAAGACGAAGCGUCUGGAGCGCCACGCUCUCACCCUGUGGCGUGCGGUGGAGAAAGCAACAUAA